AUGAUGCUUUCUGCAAAUUCUGAAGGCUGCUGCCACUAUAAUGUAGAUCGAUUAAUUAUUCCAAGUGAAAACAUCGCGAAGCAUCUUUACUGGAAACCAGAUCAUCUUGCCCCUGCCCACAGUGAACUUUCUCAUUUAACACUUUUUCCUGGACAACAUAAAUUCAUCACCAUUAAACUUCGUCCAUUUAAUGGGACAACUUUUUUUGCUCUCAACAGAUAUGCAGAACGAGACUACACAAUGGCCAUUUAUCAUAGCAAUAGCUUCGAAGAAGAAAACACAUGUAACUUAGAUGAAAUGGAUGAGUGGAUCCCAGUGUUCAUGUAUCCAGCAAUGCCUACUGUAGAUUAUCUGCAAAAAGAAUCCCUUGGACCCGGCACAUAUAAGCUCCGAUUUGGGAACGAGCAGGCUUGGAUUCGACCUGUAACUGUCUAUUAUCGGAUCAGACUUUUGAACGGGAAUGGUGAGGAAGUACCAUACGAAAUAAUAACUUAA